GAAGGAAGUGCACGUUGACAAUUGGCUGAUUACCGUGACAGAAUUUUAUUUUUCUUAAAAAUAUCGAUUACUACCAUAAUCAUCCAGCCAUUAAUAUAUGUGCUAUUCCACCUGCUUUUGCUUUCUCAACCAUCAAUGUUAUAAGUAGUUGUGUCUGUGCUAUUAUUUAACGUUGUAUACACAUUUUGUUGGAUGCAUUCGAAAUUUUAACGGUCAUUUGUAACGUUUUUCAUUCGUUAGACCAUUUCCUUACAAAUGGCGGAUAAAGCUAUGAUGAAGCAAAUUGCGGAGCAAAAGCUUAAGGCUUUUUCCAUUGGCACAAUGGGUAAACGACCAUUGAGUAAAAAGGAAUUGGAAGAACAACGUAAAAAAGAGCAGGAACAAGCUGCAGCACAGGCAUUUGAAGAAUUUGUAGCAACGUUUCAAGAAACACCUAGUAAAACAACUAGUAAGGUUUGGGUGAAGGCAGGGACAUAUGAUGCGGGAAAAAGACAAGAGGACACGAGAGAGAAAGGAAAACUCUAUAAACCACAAUCAAAAAUCUCGGAACUAGUAGAUAACAGAUCAUCGGCUGAACAAGCUCAAGAAUAUGCAAGAUUACUUGGAACAAACGAACGAAAACUAGAUAGACCUGGCAAGAAGAAAAAGGAAGGUGAAAAAAAGAAGAGCAAUCUUGAAUUAUUCAAAGAAGAGUUAAAGAUGAUUCAAGAGGAACGUGAAGAGAGACAUAAGUAUAAGGGUGUAGUAAAAACUGUAAUAUCUGCGCAAUCUGAGGAUCCAAUGUUGGCUGCUUUAAAAUGUGUGGAAGAUGGUUCAUUUGACAAUGGUGAUCCAAAUACCACAAACUUGUAUCUAGGAAAUUUAAAUCCAAAGAUCACAGAACAGCAAUUAAUGGAGAUAUUCGGCAAAUAUGGCCCACUGGCUAGUAUAAAAAUAAUGUGGCCGCGUAGUGACGAAGAAAAAGCUAGACAAAGAAAUUGUGGCUUUGUUGCAUUCAUGAGUCGUAAGGAUGGAGAGCGUGCAUUGAAAAAUCUCAAUGGUCGUGACAUAAUGCAGUAUGAGAUGAAGUUAGGAUGGGGGAAAAGUGUUCCAAUCCCACCUUAUCCUAUCUACAUUCCAUCUGCUUUGAUGGAAAUCACGCAACCACCACCACCAUCUGGUCUUCCAUUUAAUGCUCAGCCACACCGACGUGACAGACACAAGAUACUACGUAUUCGCAACCUCCAGAGCGCGGAUCUACAGGAAAAGGAAAACUUUGAAAAGAUUUUGCAGAAUGCUGUUGUCAAAGUGGUUAUACCAACAGAAAGGAAUUUAGUCAUGUUAAUACAUAGAAUGGUGGAAUUUGUAAUUCGAGAAGGACCAAUGUUUGAAGCCAUGAUUAUGAACAGAGAAUUGAAUAAUCCAAUGUUCAGAUUUUUAUUUGAAAAUUAUUCUCCUGCACAUACUUAUUACCGCUGGAAACUAUAUUCCAUUCUACAAGGAGAUGUGCAGAAGGAAUGGCGCACAGAAGAUUUUCGAAUGUUUAAAAGUGGAAGUGUAUGGAGACCACCACCGAUCAAUCCCUGGACGCAAGGCAUGCCAGACGAAUUAAUAGAAAUGGAAGAAAAGCAAGAACCUAGAAGAGGUAGUCUCUCAAACAGUCAGCGAGAUCGUUUAGAAGAUUUGUUGCGAAACAUAUCACCUGAAAGAAUAAAAGUUGCAGAAGCAAUGGUAUUUUGUAUAGAACAUGCAGAAGCAGCAGAGGAAAUUUGUGAUUGUAUUUCAGAAUCAUUGUCAAUACUACAAACUCCUGUGAAUAAAAAAAUUGCAAGAUUGUAUUUGAUAUCUGAUAUAUUACAUAAUUGUGGAGUCAAAGUGACCAAUGCCACUAUUUAUAGAAAGGCAUUUGAGACGCGUCUUUUGGAUAUUUUUAGCGAAGUUCACCAAGCAUACAAGCAAUUUGAUAGUAGAUUAAAGGCAGAAGGAUUCAAAAUUCGCGUUAUGCGAAUGUUUAGAGCAUGGGAAGAUUGGGCGGUGUAUCCAAGAGAUUUUCUGGUGAAAUUGCAGAAUACUUUCCUAGGACUUGUUUUGAUGGACGAACCUGAACCUGAGAAUGAUGAAGAUAUUGAUGGUGCACCUUUGUCUGAUGUUGAUGGCGAUGGUACUGAAGAUUUGGAUGGAGUGCCGCUUGAUGGUGCAACUUUGUUGAAAGGUGCCAUGAAACAUGGCCUCACAUCUCAAACAACUUCAAAUUACGACGAUAUUGAUGGAGUACCCAUGGAUGAAGAUAUCGAUGGCGUUCCAAUGGACGAUGACGAUAGUGCGAACAUGCAAAAUAAGGACGAUGAAAAAAAAUCGACAAUGCCAGCUGGAUUCGUUCCUUCUCGAUGGGAAACUGUCGAUCCUGAUCAGGUCGAGGCACAGGCAAUGACUACCAGUAAAUGGGAAGAAUUAGGUCAAAAUGACGAUUCCAAUUCUCAAGAUGCUAGUAUGGAUUCUAGAGAUUAUAAUGAAGAAAGACGAAAUAGAUUACGUGAGAUUGAGGUAAAAAUUAUGCAGUAUCAAGAUGAAUUAGAAAGUGGUAGAAGAACAUUGAAGUCUGGUAUGACAAUACAAGCACAAGUAGAACAUUAUAGAAAGAAACUUAUAAGAAAGAGCGAGAGAGAAAUGAAAGAUGUAAAAAGUGAGGAACGAGAUGAUGAGAAACGAAGAGAGAAGAAACGAAGCCGAAGUACGACACCAGAAUCUCCUAGUCACAGCUACAGAGAUCGAAGGCGAUCAUCAAGUCCACCGGCAAAAAUUACAAGAUAUAGAUCACGCAGUAGAUCACCACGUUGCAAGCGCAGAUCAAGAUCUCCGUAUAAAAAGCGCGUACCAGUUACCCCGUCCCCUCCUCGUAUUCGACGUACGCCAUCACCUUCCUUUUCUUCAGGCAGAGGAUCACGCAGAUCGCCCACCAAUGAACGUUGUGAAAGGAAAAGACGUAGAUCACCCUCUUUAUCGCCCCCGCCACCUCCACGUACUUCCUCUAAACAUAGAGCUUGUAGUCCGCCUUCCCCUUCUCCACGUAAACAUAGACAUAAGCAUAAAUAUUAAACUAUAAAUAACACGUCAAUAUUGCACGAAUUAUCUUUUCCGAAGGAAAACGUUAUUUUUUAGACGUAAUUUUUUAACUCUCACAUUUAUUGUAUAUCUUUGAUGCGUCAUAUUCAUUGAUAUGCAUUGAUAUGAAACCGAAAAUGUCAAAAUUCUUAUUUCGACAAUCGAUUCUUAAUAUAACUAGUUUGCCUAUAUUUCCAAAAAAUGUAAGUUGAAUUUCUUGAAUAUAUAUUUAUCUUCAAGUAAAAUUAUUUUUACACUGUAAGAUAUAUUUUCUGUUGAGUCAUAGAACGGUUAAAAUAUCGCAUCACGCGUUACAUGCAGUUUUAAAAACGUGGCAUAACGUAUACAGGGUCAUUCAGAACAACUUUAGGUCCGUAAAAUGACGUAUUCCUAAUACAAUUCUAAGACGAUUUUUCCUUUACCAAAAUUUGAUUGGAAGCGUAGUUUUUGAGUUAUAAGCGAAAAUAGUUAGCGAAUCACGCGUUGAGUACAGAAGGCAGGCAGGAGCGGCGCGCCACGAGUGUAACGCGGGCGCGGCUGACUAUCCGCGUCAGCUGAUGGGUGAUUAUCACGGCGUAAGUCGCUAACUAUUUUAUCUUAUAACAUAAAAUUAUGCUUAAAAUAAAAUUUUGGUAAAGAAAUUGUUUUGGAAUUAUGUUAGGAAUACGUGUUCCUUAAAAUCACUGUAAUGAUCAAAAGUUGUUCCGGAUCGCCGGCCGUCGGACGCUGCAACCAGCUGAUUGCUACACGCGAUAUGUGUGUAUGCCGUGUUGUGUAAAAGAGAGGGGGGGAGACGUUCAUACACACGCACGCAUACACACAUUCUCUCUGUCUCUCUCUUUGAGUAUGUAUACAUGGAGUAGGAAUUGCUUUGUUUCAUGUCGACCGAAAGUGUGUCCAAGAUCUGUGCGAGAGAGAAAGGUAUAUCAUGAUAUUGCUCUCUCUGCGCAUGCGUCAAUAUCAUUACCUGCACCGCAGUUUUAACACUUUUUGUGCACUUUUGUACUGUUCUGUACUUAAUGUACGAAUUGUAUGUGUGUGAAAACAUACACAAUGCCAGCCAUUGUAACUUAUAGCAUCCAUAAUACAUUUGAGCAUGCGCAGAGAGGGCAAGUAUCAUGAUAUAUUUUUCUCUCUCGCACAGAUCUUGGACUCACUUUCAGUGCUGGCAUUCCUCCUCCAUGUAUAUAUACUUAAAGAUCUCUCUUUCUCUUUUACAUAAACAUGGCUGCGCCCGCGUUACGCUCGUGGCGCGUCGCUCCUGCCUGCCUUUUGUACUCGACGCGUGAUUCGCUAUUUUGGCUUAUAAUUCAAAAACUACGCUUUUAAUCAAAUUUUGGUAAAAGAAAAAUCGUCUUAGGGUGCAGUCCCAUUAAGCACGGAUCGGAAUGACGGAUUGGAUUUCUCACUAGAAUUGAGCAGUCCGAUCCAGUUCCGUAAAAGUUUGCUCUACCGGUUCCAUGUAGCAAAAACGGAACGAAAUGUCACAUCGGUCGCAGGUUAAUAUGCUUAAUUCAUUAAUAUUUCGUUAUUUUGAUGCGACUGAAGCGAUAACAUACAUAAUUUGUGCAAUUAUCUUGCCGAUAACAUUGAUGUGAGUACUCUGAAAUACUGAAUUGUAAGAAUGAAAUAUAUUUUGUAACCAGAUUCCGUUCUGUUUUUGCUACAUGGGACGGGUAGAGAAAUUUUUUACGGAACGGAACAAACAUGCGUGGUUGAGUUGAGAGAAGAAAUUGAAAGAAACGUAAACAAUACUUUGUAAUAUUAGACAGGUUUAAAUUUAACGUGGGACUGCGCACGUGCUCCUUGGACCCGAGUUUGUGAUUUCAACUACGUAUUUUUGGCAAAGUCGUAUUGUCUGGACAAUUCUAUAUUUAUAUCUAGACAUUGCUGAAUAUCAGCUUGCUCGAGCUUGUAUGAAAAUAUAUUUUGAAACACAUAACGAUGGAUAAAAAAA